CCUACUAAGUACGAGUACAUACGACAGAAGCUCCGUGAAGUGGGGCGUUUGUUGCUAUGUCUGCGUACAGACUUCUCUGUGCAUAACCUAGAGGAGGCUGUUAAACCUGCUAACUUCCAGAGGGUUGUGCAAGCUGUAAAGAGAGUUUCCGGUUUUGAUGAAGAAAAACACUCGUAUGCAACACCAAGCCUCGCUCUGAAAUUGGGUCAUACACUUCAGAAAAUUUGUGACAUUGUUCAUUGUAGGGCCCUCAUGGCCGAAGAUGAGGACCUGAUCAAGUCCACUGACAUGUUCAAGAAGCUCUACACCACCAAGUGGUCUGAGGUGGUGUCUCACGGUGCCCUGAACACAUUGAGUGAUGCAAAAUAUAACAAGCCAUCAACAUUACCCUUCACAGAAGAUGUUCAGAUCCUUCAUCGGCACCUUGAGAACUCUGCAGAAACUGCCUUUCGCAACUUGGAGGAGGCCAGUACUCAGAACUACGCACAACUUGCAAAGUGUACACUUGCACAAAUCAUUGUGUUCAAUCGAAGACGUGCUGGGGAGGUUUCAAAAAUGCGCCUCAAAAGUUUCCAUGAAAGAGACAAUACGAAGCUUCAUGAAGAUGUUGCAAUGGGGUUGUCGAAGACUGAACAGAGACUCUGCAACUAUUUCAGCCGAAUCGAAAUAAUGGGGAAAAGGGGCAGAAAGGUUGCAGUUCUGCUCACACCAAGCAUGGUGGAGGCUCUGUCACUCCUUACCAGCAAAAGAAUGGAUUGUGGUGUUUGUGCCACAAAUGUCUUCCUGUUCGCCAUACCCAACUCGAUGAGCCACUACAGAGGACAGGACUGUUUGCGUGUUCAUGCAAGCGAGUGUGGAGCAAAGCACCCCGAGUACCUCAGGUCGACACAGCUCAGGAAACAUGUCGCCACACUCUCUCAAGUCCUUAAUUUGAAAAACAACGAACUUGAUCAAGUUGCAGAUUUCCUGGGUCACGACAUCCGUGUUCACCGGGAUUUCUACAGAUUACCAGUUCCCACAACACAACUGGCAAAGAUUUCCAAAUUGCUUUUAUCGAUGGAGAAAGGGAAUCUUUCCACCAUGCAGGGGAAAUCACUGGACGAAAUUGAAGUGGAAGAUGAAAUUGCAUUAAGCGACGCUGAAGAAAAGGACAGUGGGAGUGAAUCAGAUGACGGUUGCACAGCAGGCAGAGGAUCAGAGGGUGGGACUAGCGAGCCUGUAAAUGCUGCAUCCGACUCUACAAAGCAGGUCCAUGGCUUUGACGAUGCAGCAGGAACCGUGUCGUCCACAGUAAAUGAGAGCUACCCUCUCUCUGAAGGAAAAGAUGCUGGGUCCAGAAGAGGGACAAAGAGAGCGUGGUCUAAAUGUGAGGUUCAAGCGGUAAUGCGGCACUUCAAAGACCAUAUUCGUAAAGGUCACUUGGCCACCAAGAACGAAUGCAGUCACUGCAAGUUGGUUGAAGGACCCGUCUUGGAACAAAGAACUGUGCAAAAUGUCAGAGACUUCGUCCGGAAUCGGGGAACAGCUGAAAAAAGACGGUCCCAGCUGUAAACAAACAAGCGUUUUUGUUAUUUGUUCUACAUCCUUUUUUGUCUUAUCUGUUGAUUAGGUAAAUUUCCAUGGUGCGAUGAAAAAAUGUUAUGUAUGUCCUGCCCAUCGCUCUGUCGUUCUCUUCGGUUGUUUGGUAAACAGGACUUGUUUUUCCAAAAGCACUAGUCUUUUGUAAACAAUUGUUUCAUAAAAUAGUUUACAAAACCACUGUAGUCUGGUUGCUUGUGUCCUGAGUGGGACAGUAAUAAAAAAAUCGCCCCAGCUCAUUGUUGUGUUUUUCAUGUUAAGUGAAACCCAGGUUGUAGGGGCUGAUCUCCCUCUGCAUAGAUGGAUCAUUAGAUAAUAUAGAUAGAUUUCUACACAUACUGUCUCAGUUUGAGGGGCUAAAUUUGUAUGCCACUAAUUUGGCCAUCCUUUAACAAUAUUUUUUUAUAUUAAAUUGAUGGUUCCAGUAAUGCUGUGUCCAGUCUGUGUGUAUUUAUGUUAAUGAGGAGGGCGGGAUCAUUGUCCCUUUAAAGACCCAAUAGUGUUUUCUUGGUCCUUAUAAGUCAUACUUUUGUCAAAAUAAAAAUGUCUACCUAUACCACAGUAUAAUUAGGUUGCUGUGUAUGAGGUUGUGUAGGGUGUAUCUGAAAUCUAAAGUGAGCUGAUUUUUUUUCAGAUUUUUUGAAGUGUUUUAACCUAACUGCCAAAGCUGAAGGACCUCAGGAAAGGGUAGUCCAUCUAAACCACACCCGGGCCUGUAUGGCGAAAAAGUCCACCUAAUAC